UCCUAAUCUCUCCCGUAUCUGCCUCGCCUCUCGUUGGAUGAGUUGCUGCUGCUUUCUCUCACUUUCCGUCCCUCCAUCCUCUCUGGCUGUCUCACUUGCUGAAGGGAUUUAAUCUUGAGAACAGAGAGGUGCGCCUCCAGAGCCAGGUCAGCACGAUUUCACUGAUUCAGCAUGUGGCCUUCUGAGAAGGUGAAGAGGAGGAGCUAGUCUAGACCACACAGAUCAUCCAGUCAUCAGAGAACAAGAGAUAGUCCACUGCAGGGGCUACAAGACACUGACCGUCUACAAUCAAGCAUAGGAGAGAGACAGAGACCGAGAGAGAGAGACUGUGUACAUCGUGCAGGAUAGACAACUCAGAGUAGGAGAAUAUCUUAACUAAACGGCUGUGGAGAGGAUUGUCUUAACGCAGGCCCUUACCGAAAUAUUUGGAGCCUAAAGUGCCAAAAGCACCUAAUAAACAUCCGCGCGUAUCAGAUCUAAGAGCAACAAGCUGGAGAGAGAGAGAAGAGGAGGAGGGAUUUAGAGGAUUAUGCAGAUCUAGCCCAGAACGGCUACUCUGUGUUACUGCACCGCAUCCCAGUGAGUUGCCACUGGCAAACAUGGCCGACCCCUACCAAAACAACGUGUAUCACCAGGGCGACGGCGAGGGCUACGGCACGUACGGCGAAGGUGGUCAGGAUGGCUACGGUUACCAGGGUGACUACCCGUCCCAGGAGGAGGACGCGGCCAGCGAUGUGACGGAGGGUCACGACGAGGAGGACCAGAUGUACGAGGGCGAGUACCAGGGCAUCCCGCACCCGGAUGAGGUGAAAGCGCAGCGGCGGGCAGCUCGGGCCAAAGCACGGGCGGCGGCCGACGCCGUCUCGGAGCAGGAGGAGCUGGCCGAGCAGUACGAGGACAUCAUGGAGGACUGCGCGCACGGACGCUUCCAGUGGACGCUCUUCGUGGUGCUGGGCCUGGCACUCAUGGCUGACGGUGUGGAGUGCUUCGUGGUCGGCUUCGUGCUUCCCAGCGCCGAGAAGGACAUGUGCCUGUCCAACGCGGAGAAAGGCAUGCUGGGUUUGAUAGUGUUUCUGGGUAUGAUGUUCGGUGCAUUCGUAUGGGGCGGUCUGGCUGAUAAGGUGGGACGGAGGAGGUGUCUGAUUGUUGCCCUUGCCAUCAACUGCAUCUUCGCCUUCCUGUCAUCCUUCGCUCAAGGAUACGGAUUCUUCCUCUUCUUCCGACUCGUCUCCGGCUUUGGGAUCGGGGGCUCAGUGCCGAUCGUGUACUCGUACUUCUCGGAGUUCCUGCAGAUGGACAAGCGUGGGGAGCACCUGAGCUGGCUCUGCAUGUUCUGGAUGGUGGGAGGCAUCUACGCCUCCUUUACCGCCUGGGGCAUCAUCCCUCGCUACGGCUGGGGCUUCAGCAUGGGCACAGAGUUCCAGUUCCACAGCUGGAGAGUGUUUGUGCUGGUGUGUGCCCUGCCUGCCAUCUCCUCCCUCAUCGGCCUCACCUUCAUGCCUGAGAGCCCACGCUUCCUGCUGGAGAGUGGCAAACAUGACGAGGCGUGGAUGAUCCUGAAACAGGUCCACGACACCAACUGGAGAGCCAAGGGUGAACCCGAGAGAGUAUUCACCGUGUCCCAUAUUAAGACCCCAAAGACCCAGGAAGAUGAGUUCAUCGAGAUCCAGAGUGCAACGGGAACAGCCUUCCAGAGAUGGAUCGUACGCACUUUAACACUGACCAAGCUGGUGCUGAAGAAUGUUAUAUCACUACUGGGUCGGGAGCUCCGACUCAGUACUCUACUGAUGGCCAUCAUCUGGUUCACCAUGGCCUUCAGUUAUUAUGGGCUAUCGGUGUGGUUCCCCGACAUGAUCAAGCACCUGCAGAACGAGGAGUACGAGUCCAAGCUGAAGGUGUUCCACCGGGAGAAGGUGGAGAACUUCCACUUCAACUUCUCACUAGAGAACCAGGUCCACAAGGAGGGGGAGUACAUACGAGACAAGUUCAUUCGCAUUGAAAUGAAGUCUGUGAAGUUUGAAGAUUCACUGUUUGAAGACUGCACUUUUGAAGACAUCCGAUCAACAGACACCAUAUUUGAAAACUGCACCAUCAGAAACACAUUAUUCUAUAACACAGACUUGUGGGAGGAGAAGUUCAUUGACUGCAGAAUGGAAAACUCGACCUUUGAACACAACAAGAGGGGCUGUCACCUGGACAGUGAGGAUGAAAAUGAUGUCCUCAUCUACCUGGUCAGCUUCCUUGGGAGUCUGGCAGUGUUGCCAGGCAACAUCAUAUCUGCCCUGUUCAUGGAUAGGAUUGGAAGGAUCAAGCUGAUUGGUGGCUCAAUGCUUAUCGCCGCAGGCUGCACCUUCUUCCUCUUCCUGAGUUUCAGUCAGGCGGCCAUCAUCGCUUUUCAGUGCCUCUUCUGUGGGGUCAGUGUGGCCGCCUGGAACGGCAUCGAGGUCAUCACCGUGGAGCUCUACCCCGCCUCCAAAAGAGCCACAGCGUUCGGUGUCCUCAACGCUCUCUGCAAGCUUGCCGCCAUCCUGGGAAGCUCCAUCUUCGCCUCGUUCGUGGGCGUCACCAAGAUCGUCCCCAUCCUGCUGUCCUGUGUGGCGCUGGUGUGCGGUGGCUUGGUCGCCCUAAAGCUCCCGGAGACCAGGGAGAAGAUCCUGCUGUAGGGGAAGCCACUCUGGGACUGUGGACGGGGGGAUUGGGGGAGAGGCCUCGGCCUAGCAGAGACGCACACGGCCAUGCCACUGAGGGUUUUACUUUGUGUGUGUUUUUGUAAGCAAGAAUCCACCAUGCUUUACAAUCACCCGUCCAAGGCCAGCCCCAAAGCCCUAACCCCAUCCCUGACCCUGAUUGUUUUACUAACACCAGUCAGGCUGCACCAGAGCUUCUCUAAUAAACAACCGCUCUAAUAAACAACUCUCACUGCUGAAUGACCUCUGCCUUUCACCCCCUCUUUUUUCCUACCUUCUGGGACCAACUGACCAUUGACAAACACCCCCCACCCCACCCACUCUCUCCCCACCAACCCCUGUCAUUCUCCUGCAUCUGGCCCCCUAGAACAGAUAUGGAAAAGUUAUAAUUUAAUGUUUCUCAGUUGUUAUACAAGACAACACCAUCGGAGAGGAAGUGUUCAUUUUGUUUUGUCCGAUGGACGCACAAGUGAGUAUGCAUUUGAAUGCCUCAGCUUGUCAUAAUUAGUAACCCAUCCACCGUGUCCUCCAGAAUUUCUCUAGUGCCAUUGUGGUGUAUCAGAGAGAGAGAGAGAGAAGCGCUCAGACUGCAAGUGCUUGUUUGUUAUCUCCAGUCCUGCAGCUACUACACUGACCAUAUUCCUUACCCUCCUCAUGCUAAGAUCACCACAUCUUCCCUUGUUGCUUUCUCAUCCUCGUCCUGCUUUUAGUUCCUGAUGCGCUUUCUCCUCAUCUACUGCUAGAUGUUUGUUGUGUGUUAUCCCAUCUGGUUGCACUGUAUGACACAACCACGCUACUGGUCCCCCUGAAACCUGCAAUACUGUGUUGGUGUGCCUGUAUGUCCACUAGCGGAUGAAAGUGUGAAUCCACUCACCACUGAAGAGGAGUCAUGCGUAUUUCACAUGCACAGUACCUUUAAGCUUUAACCAGUGCUCCAUGUACAGUACACCUGUUUGCCCUCAGGAGGAAAUGGCC